AUGACUAUAGCCCUUGGUAGAAUUCCUAAAGAAGAAAAUGAUCUAUUUGAUACUAUGGAUGACUGGUUACGAAGGGACCGUUUCGUUUUUGUAGGAUGGUCUGGCCUAUUGCUCUUUCCUUGUGCUUAUUUCGCUUUAGGGGGUUGGUUUACAGGGACAACUUUUGUAACUUCUUGGUAUACCCAUGGAUUGGCUAGUUCCUAUUUGGAAGGUUGUAAUUUCUUAACCGCAGCAGUUUCUACCCCUGCCAAUAGUUUAGCACACUCUUUGUUGCUACUAUGGGGGCCCGAAGCACAAGGAGAUUUUACUCGUUGGUGUCAAUUAGGCGGUCUAUGGACUUUUGUAGCUCUCCACGGGGCUUUUGCACUAAUAGGUUUCAUGUUACGCCAAUUUGAACUUGCUCGGUCUGUUCAAUUGCGGCCUUAUAAUGCAAUCUCAUUCUCUGGUCCAAUUGCUGUUUUUGUUUCUGUAUUCCUUAUUUAUCCACUGGGGCAAUCUGGUUGGUUCUUUGCGCCGAGUUUUGGCGUAGCAGCGAUAUUUCGAUUCAUCCUUUUCUUCCAAGGAUUUCAUAAUUGGACGUUGAACCCAUUUCAUAUGAUGGGAGUUGCCGGAGUAUUAGGUGCGGCUCUGCUAUGCGCUAUUCAUGGAGCGACCGUAGAAAACACUCUAUUUGAGGACGGUGAUGGUGCAAAUACCUUCCGUGCUUUUAACCCAACUCAAGCUGAAGAAACUUAUUCAAUGGUCACUGCUAACCGCUUUUGGUCCCAAAUCUUUGGUGUUGCUUUUUCCAAUAAACGUUGGUUACAUUUCUUUAUGCUAUUUGUACCCGUCACCGGUUUAUGGAUGAGUGCUAUUGGCGUAGUUGGCUUGGCUCUGAACUUACGUGCCUAUGACUUUGUUUCCCAGGAAAUCCGUGCAGCGGAAGAUCCUGAAUUUGAGACUUUCUACACCAAAAAUAUUCUUUUAAACGAGGGUAUUCGUGCGUGGAUGGCAGCUCAGGAUCAGCCUCAUGAAAAUCUUAUAUUCCCUGAGGAGGUUCUACCACGUGGAAACGCUCUUUAA